AUUCCAAUUGGAGGCGGGGUCCCCUCGAGAACCCACGACGUUCGCCUUGGAGAUGUGGUGGUCAGUCAGCCGACCGAGACACACUCCGGGGUAGUCCAGUAUGAUCUGGGAAAAGUCAUGGAGGGUGGCUCCUUUCAAGCCGUGGGGGUUUUGACACGACCCCCGCGUGUCCUAAUGAAGGCAAUCAGUAAUCUCACAUCCGAUCCUGAUCUCCCUCCGGAUUUUCUCCAAGAUUUUCUGCACCAGAUCGCAGCGCGGAAUCCUUCCUACCAGCGUCCCGGCUCACAGAAUGAUUCAUUGCACCAGUCGGACGCCUUGCACAGCAUAUCCACUAAUGAUGGGCUGAACGGAUGCGCCUGUCCACUGGUAGACCGGCCGGAGCGCAACCUUGACUACCCCCGAAUAUUCUAUGGUGUGAUCGCAUCGGGGAACCAGGUAGUGAAGAGCUCAACAGUACGGGACCAGUUGGGAUCUCGGCACCAGAUUCUCUGCUUGGAGAUGGGAGCGGCCGGGGUGAUGAACACAAUGCCGUGCUUGGUCAUCCGUGGCAUCUGCGACUACGCAGAUGCUCACAAGAACAAAGCGUGGCAAGAGUACGCCGCUGCAACGGCGGCGGCAUAUGCCAAGGUUCUCUUAUCCUACGUC